UUCGCUUCAUCCUCCGCUUGCCUGUUCACGGACGCGCCGCUCUAGCCUCUGCUGCUCUGUCUCCGGCGAGUUUGACCUUUGCAGAGCCGUGGAUCUCCGUCGAUUCAGUGUAUGGAAAUCAGGUGCAGCAAUUAAAAUUUGCCUCAAAUUCAGUUGAGUGAAGAACAAAUCAGCAGGUAUUAAAUGGGGGUUAUUGAUUUGUGCAACACUACUACUUUUCGGCUCUCAUCACUACCUACUUGUUCAUUUGGGAGGAAUCAGAAGUUUGUGGCAAUGGCCUCCACCAUUCCUGUAGAAAAAGUCAAUAAAUUAACUGGUGACACCUUUAUUAGGGAGCAUCUCAGGAAGUUGUCCCCUUACCAGCCCAUUUUGCCAUUUGAGGUUUUAUCUUCUCGUCUUGGGCGAAAACCUGAGGAUAUUAUCAAGUUAGAUGCAAAUGAAAACCCUUAUGGUCCUCCUCCAGAGGUUUUGGAAGCCUUAGGAUCAAUAAGAUUCCCUUAUGUCUAUCCUGACCCAGAAAGCCGUAGAUUGCGUGCAGCCCUGGCCCAAGAUUCAGGCAUUGAGUCAGAAUAUAUUCUUGCAGGGUGUGGUGCAGAUGAGCUCAUUGAUCUGAUCAUGCGUUGUGUGCUGGAUCCUGGAGACAAGAUUGUGGAUUGUCCUCCAACCUUUACCAUGUAUGAGUUUGAUGCUGCAGUUAAUGGGGCACUUGUUGUCAAAGUUCCGAGGAGGGAAGAUUUCAGCCUGGAUGUAAAACGCAUAGCAGAGGUUGUUAAACAAGAGAAACCCAAAUGUAUAUUCUUAACGUCACCAAACAAUCCAGAUGGAAGUAUAAUUGAUGAUGAAGUUCUCUUAAAGAUACUUGAUCUUCCCAUACUAGUGGUGCUGGAUGAAGCGUACAUUGAGUUUUCUGGAAUUGAGUCGAAGAUGAGUUGGGUGAAGAAAUUUGAGAAUUUGAUUGUUCUUCGGACAUUUAGCAAAAGAGCUGGUUUGGCUGGACUUCGUGUGGGAUAUGGAGCUUUUCCUUUGAGUAUAAUUGAGUAUUUAUGGAGAGCAAAGCAACCUUAUAAUGUAUCUGUUGCUGCUGAAAUUUCUGCAUGUGCAGCGUUACAGAACCCUAUCUAUCUAGAGAAUGUUAAAAAUGCUUUGGUCAAAGAAAGAGAAAGGCUUUAUGACCUUUUGAAGGAAGUUCCAUUCCUCCGACCAUUUCCAAGCCAUUCUAACUUCAUUCUUUGUGAGGUUACUUCUGGAAUGAACGCCAAGAAGCUAAAGGAGGACCUUGCACAAAUGGGUGUGAUGAUUCGCCAUUAUGACAAGAAAGAGCUGAAGGGUUAUGUUCGUGUGUCUGUUGGGAAGCCCGAACACACAGGUAUCCUAAUGGAGUGCCUUAGAAAACUAUCCUGACCCUUGUCUCCAGAACCCUGUUGGAAAUUUAACAUCAUUAGUUGACUCUGGUUUCUUCAGAUGUUAUCAUGUCCGCGACGAAGUUGGACUUAAUAUGGUUUGCCUUUCUUAAUUUUAGCAAUUAAUUGAAAUUAUCAUGAGAACAAAAGACAGGCCCAGUCUUAAUAUAUUUGGCCCAAAAGUGAGGGGAACUGGACACAAACAGUGUUUUGCAUUGGACAAUUUUUCUUGGCCCA